GGUAGAGGCGACGCUAUCAGUCAGUCGCAAGUUGACCUUAGAGAGUGCGUCGCGUCGCGUAUCGAGUAAACAAUGUUGUUCACACUCGUGUUUACUAUUAUAAUCCUGUGUUAUGUGCUGAUACAUAGAAACUUUUAUAACAAAAGUUAUUGGAAGAAGAAGAAUGUAGUGCAGACCAACUUCAAUCUGAUGUUAAAGUUCGUGUUCGGAAAGCAGUCUAUGCCGGAGAUAUUGAGGGACAUUUAUAAUGAUCAUCCUGAUGUGUUAUAUGUGGGGACUAUUGCUGGGACUACACCAACGCUCCUUCUCAAACACCCUGACGACGUCCAAGCGGUUCUAGCUGGUGAUUUCCAAAGCUUCCACAGCCGCGGCAUCAAAUUCGGUCCACAUGAUCUAUUAGCAGACAAUCUGCUGUUCAUGAAUGAUGUUAAAAGAUGGAAGCUCUUGAGGCAAAAACUAAGUCCAGUUUUUACAACGUUCAAGUUGAAAUAUAUGUUCAAAAUCAUAGAAAAGGUUGCUCGAGACUUUGUUGAAGUCGUUGAAGAUGAUAUCCAUCUGCGAAAAGACCCGUUCAACAUUCUAUACACAUAUACAACGGCAUCUAUCGGAGCAUCAGUGUUUGGUAUAGAUACACAGAACAAUCGGAACGCUAUGGAUUCACCGUUCUUGGAGAUGACGCAGAAGACUCUAAAGCCAUCGUUGUAUUCAAAUAUUGCUGCUUUGCUUGCGAAUACGAGCCCAAGAUUAUAUGAUUUUUUGAACAUCAAAGUGUUUGGAGAGCAUGAGGAAUUUUUCAUCGGUGCUGUUCGAGCUGUCCUAGAAGAAAGACAACGAAAAUCUAUUAGAACGCAUGAUUUUAUCGACCUUUGCUUAGGCUUACAGCUCCACGGAUUUAUGCACGACUUUUCAACAAAUUAUAGUAUUGAACCAACUGUAGAAGUUUUGGCUGCUCAAGCAUUUUUCUUCUUCCUUGCCGGUACUGAUACCUCAGCUAAUACUAUGCAUUAUACUCUUCUAGAACUUUCAAAUAAUCCAGAAGUGCUAGUGAAAGUGCAUGAAGAGAUUGAUAGAGUAUUUGACGAAUGCAAUGAAGAGUUUACUUAUAAUGAAGUGGAGAAGUUACAAUAUUUGGACCAAUGUGUGAAUGAAGCGAUGAGGAAGUAUCCCACAAUAGGAGUUAUACAGAGACUUUGUACUAAAGAUACAGUACUGCCGUCUGGAGUAGCUAUAGAGAAAGAUGAAAUCGUAAUGAUAUCGCCAUUUGCAAUGCACAGGGAUGAGAAGUAUUUCCCAGAGCCUGAUAAGUUUGAUCCAGACAGGUUUUCUCCAGAAAAUGUUUCUAAAAUACCAAAAUACGUGUUUUUGCCGUUUGGUGAAGGAAACCGAAUUUGCAUUGGUGUUCGAUUUGCCCGUCUCCAAGUAAAAGCAGGACUUGCGUGGUUGUUGCGUCGCUUUACACUGGGCGAACAGAAUUGUACUCCAACAUUUGAAAGAAGUCCCUUCGGUCUAAGGAGCCCUACAGAUAAAUAUGAACUAAAACUAAGAGAUUAAGAAUAGAUAUAAUUUUAUUAUUAAGACUGAAAAAAUAGCUAUUUAAGAUCAUCACAACAUAAUUAAAAAAGCGAAUGAGAGUAUUUGUAAAGAAAAAUCGAAGGCAUCGUCUAUCUGUCUAGAUAGAGGAAUAAAUAAAAUUGGAGUGUCUGUUUGUAAUACCGUAAAACGGGGUGAAUAGAAACAAAUCAGGGGUGAAUAGGAACAACAUUUUGUUGUGUUUUCACGUAAUUUAGAACUGUUUACACCAUUUAAAUAUUUUUUAUUAAUUCAUUAUUAAAACCAAAAAUGCUCUAUUAAAACUAAAAAUAUGAAAACAAACUAAUAAUCCUAAUAAAAAAUUUGUUUCUAUUCACCCCCUGAGUUUCUAUUCACCCCAUUUUACCGUUAUUUAAGUAUCUACUUUUUUACUACAUGCAUUUUUAAGUAUAUACGAUACAUACACCCAAAUCAUAUUUUUAUAUUUUUUGUUUAUCUGUCGUCAUCUGUAGCUUUAUUUUACUUACGUAUUUUGAAGAAAUAUUGUGUGAACAAUAGCUUUCCCUUUUCUAUUCUUAGUUGUAAAUAAUAAAAUAAUACAUCAUAUAUAUUAUAGUAUCCAUUAAAAUUAUAGAAACCUCCCCCUUCAAAUCUUCAAGAAUAAAGCGUACUCCUUUUUAAAAGGUCGACAACGCACCUGUAACUCCUACGGUGUUAUGGGUGUCCAUGGGUUGCACCAAUCGCUUACCAUCAGGUGACCCGUCUGCUCGUUUAUCACCAAUUCACAUAUUCCAUAAAAAAAACAAAAACAACUUGAUAAAUUAUAUAUUUUUUUAAUUGUUUGGCACUUAUAGCCUGUUAUCUGAAUAGAGGUGAAAAGGUUAUCUAACAAAACGGUACAAUAAUAUUUUUAUAGGUAAUACAAAACCUGUCACAGUUCACUGAUGAGCUAAUGUUCCUAUCAUUGUCAUGAAAUGGUAGAAAUUAGUACAUAUGUAAUUAUUUAUGUAUUUGUUAUCUCAACACGUGUUCAAUAACAGAUAUUUUAUUACAGGGCUGGUCAUUGGACUGCACUAUUUGUUUAAUUUAAGCGAUUGUGGGAUGUUAAUAAAAUAAAACAUAGUAAUAGAGUAAA